AUGCCAGGACUUCUUAGUAGGUUGAAGGGAGCUAAAUAUAAUUUGAAAACUCAUGGCUCCUCGUCGCAAUCUUCUAAGAAGAAAGAUGUCGAGUCAGUAUCAGACCUGACACCUCUCAAAAAGCUUUUGCUAAACGCUGGACCAAGUCUUAGGGAAGAUGGGAGUGAUAGGUUUUAUGGCAUGGAAAAUAUAUUUUAUUGUAGCUACUGUAAUUCUAUCGUCCAGGCGUUAUAUCAUUCAGUUCCAUUUCGAGAGCACAUCAUCAAUCAUUCGUCCCGAUCACAUGAACCAAAAAAUAAAGAGAAUGUUAAGGUAGUCUUGAGAAACUUGAAAAAUAAUUCUGGACAAUCGUCUGCAACUCACCAAAAAGAAGUGGCAACUACUGAUACUACCAAGAAGAGAAAUGUUGCUGCUAGCUCUUGUCAAUCGACAUCAAUGAUACCUGCGCAUCGACAGGACAAGAAAUCUGAUUCCUCAGAAUUUAAAAAAAAACUGGCCUUAAUAGCUGGCCCAGUCAUAGAACUAAUGUACGAAAACUCAAAUCCUGAUUGCCUAGAAGAAUCAACGUUCACGACGCUUAAAGAUAUCUUCGUCGCCCUUGUGGAAAGCGAGUCUCGCACAGGUGUUUUAAGCCCCAGAAGAUUCUUAGAGAUUUUCAAGAGGGAUAACGAGCUAUUCCGGACCUCAAUGCAUCAAGAUGCUCAUGAAUUUUAUGGUUUGGUCCUGAAUGCAGUCAUAUCUCAUGUAGAAUUGGAUGAGCAGCAGGUAAUGUUAAACACUAGCACAGUUGAGGCUGGACAAGAAAAUUUUAGAAACUCGAUAUUACCAUCUCCUCAAAAUGGGGGCUUCUCGAAGAAAGGCGCCGGCUGGGUUCACGAGAUAUUCGAGGGAGUAUUGACCUCUGAAAUCAAAUGUCUCACAUGUGAAACCACUACACAACGUGACGAAACCUUCCUAGAUUUAUCAAUUGACUUGGACAAUCAUUCAUCAGUUACGUCGUGCUUACGUCAAUUUUCAGCAGAGGAAAUGCUUUGUGAAAGAAAUAAAUUUCAUUGUGAUAAUUGUGGUGGUCUUCAAGAAGCUGAAAGGCGGAUGAAAAUCAAACGCUUGCCUAAGAUUCUUGCUCUUCAUCUAAAAAGAUUCAAGUAUACCGAAGACAUGACUCGCUUACAAAAACUUUUUCAUCGAGUCGUUUAUCCCUAUCACCUUCGGAUGUUCAAUACAACAGACGAUGCCGAGGACCCAGAUCGUCUUUAUGAGUUAUAUGCUGUUGUUGUUCACAUCGGAGGAAAUGCAUAUCACGGACAUUAUGUUUCGGUCAUAAAAACACAAGAUCGAGGAUGGUUGCUAUUUGACGACGAGAUGGUAGAGCCAGUAGAUAAGCAUUUUGUACGAAAUUUUUUUGGUGAUAGACCAGGUAUGGCAUGUGCAUACCUUCUUUUUUACCAAGAAACUACUAUAGAAGCUGUAAAAAAAGAACAAGAAGACGACAAUGUCGAUGGUACUUCAUAUACAACAAAAAGCUUAAAGUCUACCACUGGAAAUAUAGAGAAGGCUAGUUUAGAUACGUCAAACUCAAUUAAAGACAGGUCUUCCCCUAACGCAAAACCGGAAGCAUCUAGACCAGAUAAUCUUGGGAAUGGUACUUCAUUGGAAAUUGAUCUCGGAUUGCCAAAACCGAGCUGCUUAUCUUCACCUUCAACUACGAAUACACAUCCACCACUGUCAUCAUCACCGCAAGUAAUACCCACAACCCUUAAUGUUAUGAAUCAAAGGGUACUAGAGAGGAUAAAAAAUAAAGCUGUAGAAAAAAAAUCCAAGUCCAAAGAAAAGUUUCUCGCAAAGGAACAAGGGUUUUCGGCAGCAGCUGCAAGAAAAAGAAAGACAUCUAAGACUUCUACCAUUGAAAAGGUGAAAAUUGAUGACAAAAAAGUCACUCUAUCAAAUUUAGAAACUGAGUCAGAGAAUCAUGAAAAGCAGAGAAGUAGUCCAUGUCAUCGUAAAGAAGGUAGCUGGAGUAUGGGACGGAAGGGACUUGCGUUUCUAGGAGGUACGAAGAGCAGUGAUUGCAACAAAAUACCAGAAACACCGAUUCAAAAUUCAGAAGUACACAAAAAUUCCAACAUUAAUCAAAGAUUUCAGGGUUCAGGGAAAACUAGUAAAUUUUCAAAAGACAGAUUCAGUUUAAUUGCAUUAGGUAGAAAGAGGAGUUGUUUAUUCCCCCCAUGA